GGGUUUCGCUGUGCUGCCCUUUCCCGCGUCGCUCUGUCCCCUGACGCUCUACCACUUAUGGAGUGACAUCACCCGUCACCUCCCGUCUCCGCGGCGCGCUCCUCCCGCGCUCGCACACGGCGCCUGUCGAGCUCGGCGCGCUCCCAUCACACCCAGUUCCUGGAACUGAGAAGGCGGCCGAUCGGCACCAAAAGCCUCGAAGCAUGAAUAGCAGCUUCCUGAACAUGGCGUCCGUCGGGGACUUCUUGAGCACUAGUAUCCCCGCCACCAAAGUGGAGAUCACCGUGUCCUGCAGGAAUCUCCUGGACAUGGACACAUUUUCCAAAUCUGACCCACUUUGUGUGCUCUACACGCAAGGACUUGGCAGCAAAGAGUGGAGAGAAUUUGGGCGGACAGAGGUCAUUGACAACACCUUGAACCCAGACUUCGUGCGAAAAUUCAUUCUGGACUAUUUUUUUGAGGAAAGGCAGAACCUGCGCUUUGAUUUGUAUGAUGUUGAUUCGAAGAGCGCCAACCUGUCAAAGCAUGACUUCCUUGGCCAGGCCUUCUGCACCAUGGGGGAAGUGGUGGGAUCCCUGGGAGGCCGUCUGGAGAAGCCACUGGUAGGCAUUCCUGGUAAGAAGUGCGGAACCAUUAUUGUGAAGGCAGAAGAACUGAGCAACUGCAGGGAGUCUGUGAUGAUGCAGUUCUGCGGGAACAAGCUGGACAAGAAAGACUUCUUUGGAAAGUCUGACCCGUUCUUGGUCUUCUACCGCAGCAAUGAGGACGGAACGUUCACCAUCUGCCACAAGACAGAGGUGGUGAAGAACACACUAAACCCUGUGUGGCAGGCCUUUAAGAUCCCUGUGAGAGCCCUGUGCAACGGGGACUACGACAGAACAAUCAAGGUGGAGGUGUAUGACUGGGAUCGAGAUGGCAGCCAUGACUUCAUUGGCGAGUUCACCACCAGCUACAGAGAGCUGUCGCGCGGCCAGUCCCAGUUCAACGUGUACGAGGUGAUAAAUCCAAAGAAAAAAGGGAGGAAGAAAAAAUACCUGAAUUCUGGAACUGUAACUCUGCUCUCGUUCCUCGUGGACACCGAAGUCACGUUCCUGGACUACAUCAAAGGCGGAACGCAGAUCAAUUUCACUGUGGCAAUUGAUUUUACAGCAUCUAACGGUAACCCUGCCCAACCCACUUCCCUCCACUACAUGAGUCCAUACCAGCUCAACGCUUAUGGCAUGGCGCUGAAGGCUGUGGGCGAGAUCAUCCAAGACUAUGACAGUGAUAAGAUGUUUCCUGCCCUGGGCUUCGGUGCCAAGCUUCCACCUGACGGCAGGGUCUCCCAUGAGUUUGCACUGAAUGGAAACCCGCAGAACCCCUACUGCAAUGGCAUUGAUGGCGUCAUGGAGGCCUACUACCAGAGCCUCAGGUCUGUGCAGCUUUACGGGCCCACUAACUUCUCACCGGUCAUCAACCACGUGGCCAGGUAUGCCGCGUCAGUGAAAGACGGCUCACAGUACUUCGUCCUUCUCAUCAUUACGGAUGGGGUUAUCUCAGACAUGGCCCAGACCAAGGAGGCCAUCGUCAACGCCUCUUGUCUUCCGAUGUCGAUUAUAAUAGUGGGAGUUGGACCAGCGGAAUUUGAUGCCAUGGUCGAGCUAGAUGGUGAUGAGGUCAGGAUCUCUUCAAGAGGAAGAUAUGCAGAGAGGGACAUUGUUCAGUUUGUCCCCUUUCGAGACUAUGUCGACCGGACCGGGAAUCACAUCCUCAGUAUGGCUCGGCUGGCCAAGGACGUGCUGGCUGAAGUCCCUGACCAGUUCCUCUCCUACAUGAAGACCAGAGGCAUCAAACCUGCACCAGCACCGCCCCCCUACAGCCCCCCGGCACAACCCCUUCAAACCCAGAUCUGACAGGGGCCCCUCCCACACAGGCGCGUGCACACACGCUGUCACACAUACACACUUCUUGGUGGUGGUGUCUGGGGGGCUCUCUCUCCUUCCUCGCCUUGUCUCCUUGCACUGCAGGAGACUGGGAGUGUGAAUGCUCUUAAAGGUGGCCUGAGUUCCCCCGAUGGCACGUUUACUUCCUUUUUCUAGCGUUUUUCUGUCAUAGAACUGGACAGGUCCUCACGAGUGCCUUGAGAAGCGGCUGUCGGGGAGGAGGCUCUCGGACGCUCAACGGGACACAGCUUUUCUGGAGCAGUUGCAGAGAGAAAGGUCCCAUCACCUCCAGAUCUGCUACCGUGCGACUGUUGUACAUAACUUUGGGAAUGCAUUUCCAAUCGCUCGCUCUCUCUCUCUCUCUCUCUCUCUCUCUCUCUCUCUCUCUCUCUCUCUCUCUCUCUCUCAAUGUUUACAUGUUGAGGAUUGUUUUUACAGUUCAAUACUUUUAUAUGCCUACCUUGGAAUACUGAUACUCCUGAUGUGUUAUGAGUGCGGCAGCUGGCAGGUAGCCCUGAUUCUGACCCUGUGGCGCUUGUCCCUCAAGUGGCAUGUGGGACUGGAGCAUGUACCAUUGUCUGGCCUUGCACUGCGUUGUCUUGCCACUCUUUCAGCACUUGUUUCUUGCUUGAGUCACUGCCUUUGCACAAAACUCAUGUGCACAAACAGGAUGGUCCUGCGGUCAUUAUAGAAAACUCACCUUAUACUGUACUGCUGGAGACAGUGGGCACUGUUGUCACACACAAGUACUUUAUGUUAUCCUCAGACAUCGAGCAUUUUAAGACAUUUUUUUUUUCAGUUUUAAGUGUUAAAGUGUUGAAGUAUAUACAAGAGAAGUUCCCCAAAAAACGGAAGUAUAAAACAUUAUGACUUACAGUUGCACAUCGUUUGUCAGUAUACCAAUCGAUACCCAAGCCACCUGAUCACAGUAAUACUCUAUCACAGUGAAACAGUGGGUGUGCUGCUGUAAAAAUUAUUUUUGUCCUGUUCCACCUCUCCAGAGUACAUUGUGGGCGAUGGUGAGGUUGAGGCAUUUAUGUCCCUGUUUAUUCUCCAAAGUGACAUAGCACUGGGUGGGUUUGGCUACACGUACAAGGAGACAUGUGUCUGUAAGCAAAGGGGCACUUGUUCCUUCCCAGUGCUUGCUGAAGGUUAUGUAAGAAUUCCCUCUCCUGUGAACCCCUGGCAAGAUGUCUCAUUUACAUUUACAUUUUUUAUUUAGCAGACACUUUUCUCUAAAGCGACUUCCAGUGAACUCUAUGUAGUGUCAG